GUUUUUUCUUAAAUAUUUUGAUGAAAAAGAUUCAAUCAAAUGAAAAUUUGUUAUUUAAAAAAUAAAAAAUAAAAAUGAAAUGAUGAAAUAACUGUGCAAUUUGUGAUCGAAUGAAAGAAAAGGAAAAAAGAAAAAAAAAAGAUGAAACUGGUGACGAUGGUGCAAACAUUCUCAUCAUCUCCCCGGGGGGCCCAUUCUGCAAGCAAACUCUUUUUUUCGAAAAGGAUUUUUUCCUAUUUUUUUGCUUUUUAUAUUCCUCAUUUUGAUUUCCCUUCUGCCCUCUUGUUUCUUCCUAGCUUUAACCGGUUGUAAUGUUACACAGAAAAAAAAAAUCUUCCCAAGUUUUGUGCGUGUUUUUGAAAAAAGAGCAAAAUUAAAUAAAAAAAAUCGACAAAAACAAAAUUUAUAUAAAAACAAUUAAAAAAAAAAAAAUUCGAUUUUGAUUUUUUUUUUUGAGAAAUUUGGAGAAAUAAUAAAUCCAUCAAAAUACACAAAAAUAUGAAGAGACGAAAUGCCGAUUGUGGCAAAAUACGGCGACCGAUAAAGCGCAAUAAAAUUACGGAAGGAAUGUAUGGCAGCACUACAGUUCUGUACAUGAAAUUCCUGGUACUCUGGGCCAUUGUGAUAACAGCCGACUUUAUGUUUAUGUUUCGAUUUGAAUUUUUAUGGCCUUUUUGGCUACUUCUGCGAUCAGUCCAUGACUCUUUCAAAUACAAAGGAUUGGCCUUUUCAGUGUUGUUUGUAUGCAUAGCAAUCACAUCCGAUUUGGUGUGUUUAUUUUUCAUCCCAGUGCAUUGGCUUCUAUUUGCAGCAAGCACAUAUGUCUGGGUGCAAUAUGUGUGGCACACGGAUAAAGGAAUAUGUCUGCCGACAAUUAUACUUUGGAUGUUAUUUGUUUACCUGGAAGCAGGAAUACGAUGGAAGGACAGCAGACAUAUGCCACACUUAGAUUUGUGUCGACCUUUUGCUGCACAUUGUAUUGGUUAUCCUGUUGUCACAUUGGGCUUUGGCUUCAAAAGCUACGUUGGCUAUAGAAUGCGCCAGCGUAAGCAACGCGAAGUAUCUAAAGAAAAUGAAUUUUACAUGCAGCUGCUGCAACAAGCCCUCCCACAAGAAGAAAAUCAAGAUGACUCAGCAGUGAUAAACACUGCUGCUAGUGGUGGCUCCACCUCGGCGACGGCAUCGCUAUCCAUGCCUUCAUCGACAACAGCGGCUCUAACAAAUGCCCAAAAUAACACAUCCACACAUAAUGGUGCAGUGGCGUCAAUAUCACACAAUAAUACUGACCACCAUCCACAGCAACAUAAUCACAGUCACCACAACAAUCAGUUGGCGGCGUCAACGUCUCUGACGGCGUCAACAUCCUCAUCUACGUCCGCCGCUUCAUCAUCAUCGGCGUCGUCAGCGACAGCGACGAGCAACGAUGACAAGAGCUAUGUUCAAAUAGCAGGCCAGUUUCAACAACAGCAAAGUGGCAACACUAGCAGCAGUAAUAAUAAUAGUAGUGUUCAUCAUCAGCAACAUAAUAAUCUAAAUAAUAGUAACUCUAGUUCUAAUUCAAAUAAAAACGCUCAAACAAGUAAUCGCUCUGAAUUUUUCAAGAGACCUUUUAAACUACUAUCUUCAAUUUGUUUAAUGGGGGGAUCCUCCACGAAUAGUAGUGGGAGUUCCACCGGCAACGGUGCCGGUUCUUCUUCCUCAUCCUCCUCCACAAACACUCCCACAACAAAUAACAGUAAUACUUCCACGUCUUCCACAUCAAAUGGACAUGUGGGUGGAGGCGCUAAUAGUGGAAGUGGUAAUAGUGGUGGCGGUGGCGGUAAUAAUAACAAAAAUAACCGCCGAAGUGUGGAUAAAGAUAACAAUAGUGCGACAUCCAGCAGUCGCAGCAAUGCCAGUUCAUCUGGCAAUCAGAAAGAUCAUUUUACUAUAUCAGGCAAAAUGAACAAUAGCAAUAAUAGCUACCAUUUAAGUGAGCUUAAUUGCAAUAGCAAAGAUUGGGAUAGUGCUGGAGCUGGUGGUGGCAGUGGAAAUUAUACAACUGCUACAUCAUCAUCUCAAAAAGAAAAAAAUAGCAAUAACUAUGAUAGUUCGAAUGCUACCAAUUGCCAGCAGCAGCAACAUCAUAAUAGCACAGCUGCUGCUGACUCUGGCUAUGGAGGUUUUGGAUCAGCGAAAAAGUCUGCAGCAUCUUCUGCUGGUGGAGGUGGUGGCGGCGGAAAUCAUAGCAAUGGAAAUAUAAUACAGUACGAGGUGGAGGAAGUGGUUGAACCAGUUGAGAAAGUCAAAGGACGUCGAAAUCGAUCUAAAAAGGACACAUCUUCCAAGGACAAUCAUCAAAACCACCAUUCAAACAGCUCAAAUAACAACAACAGCAAUGCAUCCAGUCACUCAAACUCAAAUCAUACUCAUCACAAUAAUAAUAAUCAUCAUCACCAUCAUCAUAAUCAUAACAACAACAACAAUAAUAACAACAAUUCAAAUCAUGGCCACAAUGCUA